GAGAAACAGAGAAAGAAAAAUGAAAUGAGAAAUGAAAUAGGUAUAAGUUAGUUAAAGAUCUGUAACUGUUGUUGAGUAGUAAAUAUUUUGGUCACAGUAUUCUUACUUUAUAAAUACGCGACUCUUUUUUACAAUACAUGAUUGUGUGACCUUAAUGUUGUGCUUAUUGUGGAUGUAUGAUUUCAAGUUACGUCGGAAGCACUCAUAGUUUCAUAUGUUUGAUAACAGAAAAUGCUCAAGUCAUGAUAUAUCUUGUUCAUAAUUUGACCAUGGAUAGGAGUAAUAAACAUGAAUGCUCGAUCUCAAACAUUUGACUUGACAGUAGAGGGUCACCAAGUGGAUGAAGCAGUUGCCAGCAUAUUUCACACAGUAUUAUUUCAUCGUACACUUGGCAAAUUCCGUUAUAAAGAAGAAGGCAAUUACUCUGUUGGCACUAUAGGGUAUUCAGAUGUCGACUGUGAUUUUAUUGACUUCACAUAUGUCUGCUGCUCCUCAGUUAGCCUUGAUAGGAACUUGAAGCGUGAGAUCUCCAUCUUCUCAGAGGUGUUGCGAGGCACUGAUGGUCCAGGCUCUGGUCAAAUUUCACUCGAGUUCUUCCAGAAAAAGAAGAACAUUUGGCCAUUCACUCCAGAAUGCAUCCCCUGGGAAGUGUGGAACGUCCGUUUGGAGCUCAUCAAACUCAACAAUGAACAUGAACGCCAGCUUUGCAGGGAGAAGGUUGGAGAGCUGUUGGCUGAAAAGAUUCUCUAUAUCGCAGAAAUAAUGAACAGGCAUGACUACGUGCCGAAAAUGCCAAGCCAACCAGACUUGGAUCUCAUCUUUGACACAUCCUAUCAUGAUUGUCAGCCCUACUUGUACAAGAUUGUGUACAUGACAUCGGGCCCAUCUGUUACCUCUGUCGGCUCAACAAUGAAAAAGCUAAUUCGAGACUCACUCUCCCUCUGAAUGAAUAAUUCUCUCAAGUUUUACUCCUUAGUAAGUUUUGUUAGAAUGGUCCCCACUCACCUUCCCAAACUUGUACCAAGCCAAUUUUGGGCAAGAAUUAUAUUUUUGUCAUGCUGCACAAAAUAUUUGGCUAACCGCUUUGUAUGAACAAAAUUUGUUAGCCUUAAGAGUCCUUGGAGGCUAGCGGCCAUCUUGGAUAGUUUCAAACAGCUGCUGAAGAAUUAUUUAUCGUCCAAAAAUAUUUUUUCAAACACCAAAAUGGUUGUAAUUUAAAUAUCUGGUCUACUGUCAGAUUAUAAAUGUGUUUUUUUUUUAGUUUCGAAUUGUCCUCCAAAGGUGUCCAUGGAAGCUAACAGCCAUCUUGGAUUUGCCAGAAAUUAACAUAAGAGCAAUGUUAAUUUUGUUAAUUUCAAACGGCCACUGAAGAGUUGUAUACCAUCUCAAAAUAUUUUUUCAAACACCAGAAUGAUUUUAAUAUAAAUAUCUAGUAAACUGUGAGAUUAGAUAUGUUCUUUGUGUUUUUUUUUUUUUUUUUUUAUUGUUUAUGAGUUAAACGCUCCAGGGAUUCUUAAGAAAAUUACCUUCAACUUGGCUAACAUAUUUCACUCGGUUGUUCUUAGGCGUUUACCAAUUAUUUAGUUACAUAUGUUACUCUUGCUUUUUUUGUAGGUUUGUUGUAUUUAUUUUCGAAUAUGAAUCAAAUAAAAACCAAUCAAACAGGCUCAGGUUUGUUCAACCUUGAUUGCAGCUGAUCCUUUUUUAUCUUAUUAUUUAAGAAGAAUAUUUUUAGCACUGCAAUGCUUUUAGUUAAAAUAGCCGUUUUUGCAGCAGUAUGACAAAAAAAGAAAAUCCACGCUGUUUUUGUACUAGUUAUUUUAACCAUUUUACUUGUAACACAAAUAAAUAUAGUGUGCCAUUUUUAAUCAGUCCAGGCAUAUUAAAGACUAUCCCUCCCUUAUAGCAUAUUUACUUUUGUAAAAUACAAAUACUCUAUUUUGCAAUAUUUUUGUCCUGUAGAUUUUUGAAGUCCAAUGUAAAAUACAUUAUUCUUUGAUCAUUUUAAUUAUUUUAUAUUUGCCUUUGUUGUUUAAUCAGUGGUUAUAAUUUUAUUUUGCUCUUUCAGUGAUCUUAAUAGUAGUUAUGACUAUGUUUCAAGUAUAGCAAUGAUAUUUUUUAUACUUUAAUGACAACGUUUAUGAUGUAAGUCACUAUCUUUUUUUGUAUUGUGAUAGCUAUUCAUGUUAAGAGUGUUAUCUUUGUUUGUUUUAUCUCUUAGAGUAUUGUUUAAGAUAAACUAACUCUCUAAAAUUGUAAUUUUUCUGAUCUUUUUAAAUAUUUUAACACACAGAUUGUAAGUAUAUGAUGGAUAGGACUCUUUUUGAGUAAGCUAUUACUUAAUUCUAAUUACUUUUAUUUUUUUAAAGAUCUUACGUGUUAAAUUAUAUGUAU